AUGGUCCACAGGGUUUUAGGGGUGCCUUAUAUCUGCCUGAUUGUUUUAUCUCUACCCCUCUACCUCCAAGGCGUAGAGAUCUUGGACCCGGGGCAGGUGGUAUACAGUGAGACCAAGACCAAUGGCGUUGUAGGACGAGGAGUGAUCUUGGAGUGUGGCCCUACUUUGCCCGAUGUCUACAUCUGGGGCUUUACCAAACCAGGCACAGACACCAUCCGUGCCAUUGUGUACAACUUUGGAAAGGGUCCUAAAAUACAGAAAUUAGCCAGUGACUUGGGUAAUCUGACAGUAAUCAGCAACAGCGCCUCUCUGUCCAUUGAGAAGCUUCCUCUGGCUGCAGAAGGAGUGUAUACCUGCCAGGCACUGUAUGAUACACUUGAAGGAGCCAAGCUGUAUUACUACUAUGUAUUUCUGCGUGUUUUAGUGCCAGUGACCAAACCUUACAUUGUGAUGAGUGACUCUUCGCCAGUGGAGGGAACAUCAGUGACCAUGCGCUGUGGCUUGGAGAAUGGCACGGGGCCGAUUAAUUACAUAUGGGAACAUGAGAGCCGGGAGAGUCAGCUCACCACUGUAGCCGAGAUCUAUGACGACAACCAAUUAAAUGUCACUGAUGUCAACCGAAAUCACACUGGAUGGUACAGGUGUAUUGCCAGCAACCAGGUCAACCAGCAGCGCAGUGAUCGAGUCUUGCUUGACACCAUUUUUGGUCCAGACCAGCCUCAGAUCAAUGUCUCCCCUUACUCAGUGACGGAGCGGGGUUAUUCUGCCCUGGAAAGAGAGACGGUUUCUCUCCUGUGUCAAGCUUCUUCUAAUCCCCCAAGUCAGUACGUCUGGUUCUACAACAACUCUCAGGUGUAUGCGGGUCCCCAGUACACCAUCAACAGGAUCCUCCGCAUGCACACGGGCCACUACGCAUGCCUUGCUCAGAACACUUACCUCAACACUCGCUCCAGGAAAACCAUCACCCUCACCGUCUACUAUCCUCCAGAUGGCGCUCCGACUUGCUUGAUCCUACCGGUAAACAAUCACACUGACCUGGCCCUCCAGUGUACCUGGGAGGGCGGGAUCCCUGCAGCCUCUUUGAGAUGGAUCCCAUAUGUGUUUGGAGCAGAGAGCGAGGGACUCGCAAACAUCACCAAGAUUCAGAAAGGUCGGGAGACUGCAAACAACUCCAUCUUCAUCUGUCAAGGCUCCCACGUCGCAUCGAAUGAAAUCAAAAGCUGCAGUGUCAGAACUUGGAUGCCCUACGGUGAACCAAAGUGUUCUGCAUAUGCAACGCGAAACAAUGAGUACCUAAUGCUGUCCUGCUCCUGGGAAGGUGGGUUUCCUCGAGCACUGGUGUGGUGGGCCUCCAGCACAGGGGACAUGCAAGGCACAUCCGAGGAGAACGCAAACAUCCUGGUUUUGCGGUCAAGUGCUACCUACAGUGGCAAAGCUUUUGUAUGCCAUGCAAAACAUCCACUGGCUAAGGAGACCAAACAGUGUGUUUUAAAACUAGAGGCACCAGUCCUAGUGACCCAGCGAAGUAUGAUGACCGUCUAUGAGGGUAAUGAUGCCCAACUCACCUGUGUCUUGAGUAGAAACUACCCUGUCACAGAGAUCACCUGGUUCAACAACCUAAAGCAGCAUGUGAAUGAGAUUCCUAAGAAGUAUGUGCUGGAGCAAGCUGCUGCCUGGACAAACUUAACAGUGCGCGAAACAGACAGCAACACAGACAGUGGCGAUUACUGGUGUUCGGCUACCAAUGCUGUCGGUGGGGCAGAGAUCCCCAUUAUGCUGAUGGUGAAGAGGUACCCAAUGCCACCAAAUAUAAGCAUCAGUAAGAUCAUUUACAACAGUCGUCAAAGGACUGAUGUUGACCUAGAGUGGAAGCUCCAGACUGAGGGUAACCUCACCGGGUUUUUCAUCGAGCGCCAGAGGCUCCCUGAACCUGUGAAGAAAAGAAACAGUGACCUUCCCUGGCAAAAACUGGCAGAUCUAGACCACGAUUCCCGACACUACCAAAUCAACAAUCUGGAUCCCAAUGGAGCCUAUGCAUUUCGUGUUACUGCCAUCAACCACCGCACCAUUGGAAACCCCUCGGAGAUAAAGAACCCAGCCGACCCUCCCUUCAAUGCCUACCCAGCUGUGAUCGGGGCAGCCAUCGGGGGCAUGAUCAUAGCCACACUAAUCACUGUACUGCUCUUCAUCUAUGUGGUACGGAACCGCAACAAUAACCCACGGCUUCAUGACUUGAUAUUUGGAAGGCAGAACAGCCAGUCUAGAGAGAACAUUAACUUUCCUGAGGAUGAGGGUAGUGGAACAGCGGAGGGGGAGAAAGGUGAAGGACAACCAAGCCAAUCAGCUAGUACAGUGGCACCAAUGGCACUGCCAAGGCCAACCGCAACACCCACAAACCUUCCCCCAGGCGAGGAGCCAGUCAACGUAACUAUUACUGUCAUGGCCUCAAGCUAAAGACAAAGCUGAUCACAAUCAUGAUUACCAUAC